CCCGCCCGCCCGCCCGCCCGCCGGCGCACAAUGGAGCUCUCGCAGUACGUGCAGAGAGGCUUGCAGAGGCUCGCCGACCCCGGCUGCUUCGACCCCUCCGCCUUCGCGCUGCUCCUCCGGGCGGCCUUCCAGAGUCUGCUGGACCCCCGCGCGGGGGAGGCCGUGCUAGAUCACCCAGACUUGAAACAUAUUGACCCCGUGGUAUUAAAACAUUGUCAUGCAGCAGCUGCAACUUGUAUACUAGAGGCAGGAAAACAGAAAGCUGACAAGUCAACCAUAAGCACAUAUCUAGAAGACUGUAAAUUUGAGAGAGAGAGAAUAGAGGAGUUUUGGGCCGAAUAUCAGAAAAACAAGGAUACGCUGGAAGUCGUAUUGGGAAGCUUAGGGAGAUCUCCUUUGCACAUAAACGAUGUGUCCUGGCGUUUGGAAUAUCAGAUAAAGACUAAUCAACUUUAUAAACUCUACCGACCUGCGUAUUUGGUGACUUUAAACGUCGAGAACACUGAUUCCAAACCUCAUCCGGACAUAAGUUUUAGCUGUUCGAUGGAGCAAUUACAGGACUUAGUGGGGAAACUUAAAGAUGCGGCGAAAAGCCUGGAAAGGACGACGCAAAUGUGAUGCGAGGAAGUUAACAAUCUAUUAGGGUCAAGAGGAAGAGCAACGUUGUCGGCCCUGCAGCGAAGCCAUCGUUCCUUUCCUUUCUCGGCGGAACGUCUAUUUCAUUUUCCCCUUUUGAACCCGCGCCCCCUUAAGCAGUUAUCGGGUCCGAUUUGCCCCCUUUCCAGUAAACAUAAGAAUCGAAAAAGGGGUUGAGUAUUGCGAAAGAUAAUUUCUUGUGUUUUUACUAAGAUGUCUUUAAUGCCGAUUUUCUCCCUCCGAGCGGAUGGAUGGUCUAAUAAAGUGCUACAGCUCAU